UUCAAAAGAGAGAGAGAGAGAGAGAGGAUUUCAAAUAGCUCCGAACUGCCGAGUUUUUCCGCACUGAGAGAGAGAGAGAGAGAGAGAGAGAAAGAGAGACUACAGCCCCCUGUCAUAAAGAGAGACAGUCAAGGCUGAGCAGAGCGAGAGAGAAGCUUUAGCCGAAGACGGGACAAUCAUAUUUAUUGAGCAAACUCUCGUCUCCCAGGAUAUCAAGCAACUUCUACACUACUUCCAGCAGGACUUUGAAGAAUUUUCUACCAAUACAAAACUUCAGAUAAACUUUUUUUUUAAUUUAUUAAACAAACUUUAUUUCUGUUUGGGUACAUCUCUCUCCAACCGUGCCUCCUGAAGAUGACAAUUUACCUGUUCGGUGGAUUUUUUCUGCUGCUCGGUGGGAUUUGGGCGCGGGCUUCGCCCACCUUACCUGCUCAGGACGCGCGGGUGUCCGACUGUCCGACCUGUUCCCUGGCCAAGUUACAGCCGGAUUCAGUCGGCGCUGACAACCAGCUGGUGGAAGCGGUGAAAAGGCACAUCCUGAAUAUGCUGCAUUUAAAGAGCAGGCCGAAUAUCACCCAACCGGUCCCCAAAGCUGCACUUUUAACCGCCUUGAAGAAGCUGCACGUUGGCCGCGUCCGAGAGGACGGACGAGUGGAAAUUGAAGAACACUCGUCCGGUCAGUCAGCGCUGAACGAACCCGAGCAGGCUUCGGAGGUCAUCAGCUUCGCUGAAGCAGGUCCGUCCCAGGAUGUUCUGCACUUUCAGAUUGCCAAGGAGGAGAAUGGCGACCUGUCUCUGGUGGAUCAGGCCAACGUCUGGCUUUACCUGAAGCUCUCAAACAAAUCCAACCGAGGUCGGAGUAAAGUGACCAUCCGGCUGUACCAAGGAGAAGACAGCAACCCCAUCAGCCAGAAGCAGGUGGACAUCAAGAGCAGCGGCUGGCACACCCUGCCGGUGUCAAGGACGGUGCAGGACGUCCUGACAACCGAGGAGAGGUCUCUGUUCCUGAGGGUUGCCUGCGAGCAGUGCCGGGAAGCCGGCGCCCUCCCGGUGCUGGUGGAAGCGGCGGAGAAGGACGAGUCGUACCGGCCCUUCCUCACGCUGUUGAUGCGGGAGUCCGACGGUCACGCUCACCGCAUCCGCAAGCGGGGGCUGGAGUGCGAAGGUAAAGCCAACAUCUGCUGCAGGAAGCGCUUCUUCGUGAACUUCCGAGACAUCGGCUGGAGCGACUGGAUCAUAGCGCCCGCUGGCUACUAUGGGAACUACUGCGAGGGCGAGUGCCCGAGCCACAUCGCCGGGACCUCGGGCUCGUCCCUCUCCUUCCACUCGGCCGUCAUCAAUCAUUACAGGAUCAGGGGUUACAGCCCCUUCAACAACAUCAAGUCGUGCUGUGUCCCCACCAAACUCAGGGCAAUGUCCAUGCUCUAUUAUGAUGACGGACACAACAUUGUGAAAAAGGACAUCCAAAACAUGAUAGUGGAGGAAUGCGGCUGUUCAUAAACCCCUGGAGAUGCCCACACACCCACACCCUCCAACAGGGAGACCUACACAAGCUACGCGCACACACAGACUCACACACAGAAGAAACAGGCACACGCUCCUCUCUCUUGGUUCAGGACGCAGCUCUGUGUACAACUUCCCAGAUCUACAAAACUAACUCAGACUGAACUCCACACCAGGGCUGCUCUCAGAGACAGGCUAGCCGUGUCCAUCUGGGCCCAACCCCAGAUGACCAUCGCAGCCACUUGACUGACCUUCACACUCACUCGGACGUACACACAAACAGUCGACUUUCCUCGCAUCUAUUUAGUUUUCAUCGUGACAUUCGAUAGCACUUUCCCAGACAAAAUGCACAAGAUCCUUCUGUUGUGGACAUGAGAUCGAGCUUUACCAAGGAGGUGCACUGUUUGCAAAACUACUUACCCACGUGUAAGAUGCCUUAAGUCCAGAACUAUGCAACCUUAAAAAGGUUUUUGGUUGGUUUACCUUAAAGGAGACGCUUGAUUCCACUGGAAGUAAACAUCGAGGGAAACUUGAAAGAAACGCGUUCGCCCCGCUAAUGGGGCCAAACUUUGUUUUUUAAACUUUGUGACUACGAUUUGCACUAAAACAACGUUUGCCUGUCUAACCGUAUUUAUACAGACGUGUUUGAAAGGACAGGGGACUGCACUCGAGAACAAGAGUUUCUAUGAAAUUUUGUAUCAACGGAUGAAUAUACACCAAAGAGAUUUGUGUAAAUGUUAUUGUGAUUUCUACAAGGGUAAUAUUUUUUAAAAAAAACUAAAAAAGUAUAUACACAAAACACCUGUAGAUGAAUAUGGCUCCAGUAUCAGGGUUUGGAUUAAACACUCAAUACGUUUGAUACAUCAGCACAUAUACAUCUGGAUGUCUGGAAAUCUCAAACAUCUGACGAGCAGACCCCCAGGUGUAGUUUGCACAUUGUCUGAAAGCGAUUAGCAAAAAGCACUUCCCGCGGUCAGCGCUUAUUCUUAUUUAAGAAUUUUGAAUCAACGUAUUCGAGAAAAAAUCCGAACUUUAGUUUAAAAAUAGUAGGCAUAUUUUUGUAACGACGUCGCCCAAGGGCGAUCAAAAAGUGUUAAAUAAACAUAUUGUUUUAAUGUUUUAUGUGAAAUAUUGCAAAGAUCAUUCACCACAACCUGUCAGCUUAAUGAGGCGAAGGAUGUUACGAUUUCUGUCAUGUUUCCGGGCGUCCAAUUAGACUUUUUUUAAAAUGAUGCCGGAAUAUCGCGCUUUAAAGAAACUUUGUUUUUAUUGUGGGAUUGGUUGGAGCUCAGCUCUUCCCCACAAUGCUUUUGACGUGGCAUUUUUUUUAUUUUGAUAAGCUGGGUAGCACUUCAGAUCUGAAUCUCCAAUCGUAACGGUUCAGUGCUGCAACUUGGGCUGAUUCCCUCCGCCUGUUCUCUCGGGAGACUGCGGCAGGCUGACAAUGAGGGGGAGGCUUCUCGCCGCCAGACACCCGGGGCUUGGUCUCAGUGGCAGUCGGGCGGGUCACCGCCGACGGCACAUUGGGAACCAAACGGAAGUGCAGGCUGAAGAUUGCAUAUUCUGGUAUAACUGAUGGCGUGUCAGACCACGUUUUCAAUCACGCUGG